AUGGUGACUACGCAAUUGCAAAUUCUUCAAUCUCCUAUUACCUCUCUCAUCUCAUCAGUUUCAUCCUCUAUUUCUGUGAAACUUGAUGAUUCUAAUUACCUCACAUGGCAUUUUCAGAUGGAGCUUCUUCUCGAAGGCCAUGAUUUGGAAAUGCAUGAUCGGGCUCUCAUGCAACUCAUCACGGCCACAUUAUCUCCUACUGCGAUUUCGUGUGCUAUCGGUAGCACUAGUGCUCGAGACUUGUGGGUGCGUCUUAAGGAACAAUUUUCCAUUGUUACUCGGGCCACAAUCUUUCAGAUGAAAUCUGAGUUGCAGAAUAUCAAGAAAGGUACAUAUUCUAUUUCCUUAUAUCUUCAACGAAUUAAAGAAGCUCGUGAUUACUUGGCUGCGGUUGGAGUUCUAUUUGCUGAUGAUGAUAUUGUGAUUCUAACUCUUAAUGGUCUGUCUUCUGAAUACAAUACAUUGAGGUCUAUUAUUAGAGGUAGGGAGAAUGUUAUCUCUAUGAAGAAUCUUCGCUCACAAUUGCUUGUUGAGGAAGCAAUGCUUGCUAAUGUUCCUGUUACUCCUUUCCUAUCUGCAAUGGUAGCUAGCAAUUUGUCUGAUGCGUCUAAGCCUCCGCACUUUGAGUCCAAUUCGACUCUUCCUCAUUACUCCAGCAAUGGUUAUUCCUCAAAUGGCGGUUCAUAUAGUUCUUAG